GAGAAAGCGUGGAAAAUUUUUAGCGGAAGAAAAAGAGAAAUUUUAUUUUAGGUGCGGAAUCGAGACGACGACCUAAACGCUGGCGUCGGAGAAUGGUCCACGUACACGCUGCUGAUCUUCGCGCCGCCCUCCAGGCUGCGGCGACCGCCUGUUACCUAAAUCCUCUCCACUCAUGGACUGGCGACGACCAUCGCAGGAAGCGGCCCGCGGCGCGGUUUGUGGUACUGCGCUCUGCAAUCCCUUCCCGGAGGCCGUUCUCUGCAUCGAUUGAACCCUCCACUACGGCCAUUGUCGGUGGGGGCGGCGCUUUAUCUUGGGUUGAGAAAGGGAAGAAACCGGAAAUCUGCACUGCAGACGAGCUCCAUUACGUGCCGGUUCCUGGCACUGAUUGGAAGAUCGCCCUCUGGCGUUAUCUCCCCUCUAAUGAGGCGCCAAAGAGGAAUCACCCAUUGAUGCUUUUGUCCGGCGUGGGGACGAACGCGAUUGGAUUUGAUCUAUCUCCUGGAGCUUCAUUUGCUCGCCACAUGUCUAAACAAGGAUUUGAUACAUGGAUUGUUGAAGUGAGAGGUGCUGGACUGAGCAUACGUGCUCAUGAAUCAAAUGAAACCAUUCAAUCUUCUGAUAAGCCUUCCAUAUCAAAUUUAGAUUCUACUGAUGAAGUAAAACUGACUGGUUAUUCAUCUGUGGAAGGACUUUCAGCAGUGAACAUCACCCCAAAAGUAGGCCCUAAAAUCUCCAAAAUUAAUGGAGUCAAGGGAGAGCUGGUUUCUGUGGAUGAAUCACAGUUAGUUACUAAGCUUACUUCUACCUUUAUGAAUUUAGCUGAAAGACUUUCAGGUUAUUUAAAUGAAGGUCAAUUGAAGGCCAUCUCUGAGAAGUUCCUUGAGCAGAUCUCAAAACUUUUGGAAGAUGCUGGAUUAGCUGAACGGUUUAAUGAGAUUGCAGCUAAAAUUUCUAGUUUGCUUGAAGCAAGGCAGAAUUCUUCUGUUGCCGGCCAGCUCAGAGAACUGAGCCAGCGUCUUAUAAAUACAAUUGAAGAAGGUCAAAAAUCAGUUUCACCACAGCUGUUUGACUUGCAAGAGCGCCUGUCAUCUACCAUAGAAGAUUUUCAGAAACAGCUUGAUCUCAUUGUUACAUAUGAUUGGGAUUUUGAUAACUACUUGGAGGAGGAUUUGCCUGCUGCGAUGGAAUACAUAAGAGAGCAUAGUAUGGUAAAAGAUAGCAAAUUGCUGACGAUCGGUCAUUCCAUGGGUGGCAUAUUGUUAUAUGCUCUGUUAUCAAGAUGCGCUUCCCAAGGAAGUAAAUGUGGAUUGGCAGCCAUUGUCACUUUAGCAGCAUCAGUUGAUUACACCACUUCAAAAUCUUCACUGAAAUUGUUGCUGCCUCUUGCGGACCCUGCACAGGCUCUCAAUGUCCCAGUUGUACCUUUAGGAGCACUAAUGACUGCUGCAUAUCCUCUGUCAUCUCGUCCACCAUAUGUUUUGUCAUGGGUUACCAGUCAGGUUUCUGCACAAGACAUGAUGCUUCCAGAGUUAUAUGAGAAGCUUGUUUUAAAUAACUUCUGUACCAUACCCGCCAAGGUUAUCCUGCAGCUAACAUCAGCAUUUCGGGAGGGAGGACUGCGCAAUCGAACAGGCAAUUUCUCUUACAAGGACAACCUGCACAAAUGUGAUGUCCCUGUUCUUGCACUUGCAGGAGACCAAGAUCUAAUCUGCCCUCCUGAAGCAGUAUAUGAGACAGUCAAGCUCAUUCCUGAGUUAAAGGUUUCUUACAAAGUAUUUGGGAAACCAGAUGGCCCACAUUAUGCUCAUUAUGACUUGGUCGGAGGGCGACUGGCAACUAAUGAAGUAUAUCCAUGCAUCAUAAACUUCCUAUGCUGUCAUGAUGAACUGACCUGUGAACUUUCGGACUAAGUUAUUUUUCCAAAAGAUAACUGCUAGUGGAGCCUUUUGUGACCUUGUUGAUAUGCAAGCUGGUGGCGAUUUUAUUUUAUUUGCCACAUUAUAGUAAUGUUAUAAUUGCAUUUUUAAUAUCGUAUAAUUAUAAAUUCUUGUAUUUAUUAAAAUAUAUCAUUGGAUUGAUGCACUGAUACAGAAACCAUAUGACUACAUCACAUAUUCAUUCUGAAAAUAUAUGACAUUGGCAUAUAUUGACAUGA